AUGAACAUCCCACUGUGGUUUCCUUCUUUAGCGUCUCUAGUGCUGGAGGUCCCGAACUAUUACCAGUCCCAGCGCUUUAUUCAGCACCUGCAUCCGCACCAGCCACUUACAACGCACGUCUCCCCUUCUAAAUCCUCCAUUCCAAUUUUACCCCGUCGCGUCCAUCUUUGUCAUACACGACAAUCGAAUCGACGACCGCAACGGCGACCUUUAUCGCAGACAUCGCGAAAAUUGUCUACCGAGGUCCCGCACAAUAAGGUUAAAGUUAAAGCGGAGGGAGAAGGGGAGGAAACUUUAUUGGAAGUCAAUUUCAAUUGGCGCCGUUGGCCUCGACCUUCUCCAAUUACUAGUCCUACUAGUCCUGCCACCGCCCUAGAUGCGCAACAACAGACGAAUGCUCCCAUCGACUCGACUCCUCAGCAGCCUGAGCAUCCGUCUGUUGCGACUCCAGUGCCAGCAGUAGUUACCUCUCAUCGGCGACAACCUUCUGGUACUCGUAGAAAUUUGCAAGCUGCACGCCCCCCCGGUCCUUACGAUUUUGCCCCCCAAUCACCCUUUCGCAAUCGUGCUGCCGCCGACCCUGCCACUACUUCCUUUUAUCGUUUACCACGUCGAUUUGGUCCUGGUCGCCUUUGGAAUCCAACUAAUUCGACUCCAAGAGUUCCACCACAAACACCUCGAGCACCGCGACCCGCUCAAUCAUCUCGACGACGUCGUUUAUCCACCCCUCCGCCUCCCGCCGUUCCUGUCAACCACCCUACCAUUGAAGUCUCAUCAGAUCCACCAGAACCUAUAGGAGGUUUUGGUGCUGGCGACUUUCCACUCCUCCCACUCCCGGAGCACUCAGCUCGAGGUAGUGUGCAUAUUGAGGGGAGGGUAAGCGGAGAUAGAAGAAGAAUAAGCCUUCCCGCCUCAAUCCGACAUUCCUACGAUAGCAAGCGUUUUUCCAAUCCUCCGCCUCCGCAAGAGGCUGAAGCUGGUCCGUCGGAACCUAGGCCCAAGCCUGAAAAACCUAUAAUUACUGGUCUGAGACGACGUGGUCAAAGCGUUACUAAGCGGGCGAGGGCGAUAAGCUUCGGACUUGUUCGAGUUGAGACAUCCGACAAUUCGCCCAGGAAAUCUGAUAAAGGAAAGGGAAAGGCCGUUAUGUCGCCAGACAUGGGGAAUGAUGAUCCAACACGAUCCUUCUCUAAAGAUCUCGAGAGAGGACCCUCCGCCUUAGGUAAUCAACACAAUGGAUCGAAUUUAUCGCUUCCAGGAGGCAUUGGUUCGGCCAUAUCCUCGAGUAACUCAUCUAUCAUGGGUGAUCCAGAUCAACCGGACAUAGGUGAAGAAUGGGGACCUCAACAUCCAUGUUACCCUCAUCUAAAUCCUCACGUCCCUAUGAACUCUCUAGAAUACACGAAUACGCGAAUCAUACGCAUUAGGAGGGAUUGGUUGAUAGAGGGUGAUUUGGCGCCUACCUUUUCCAACCUGUAUCCUGAGAUUCUUGAUCCAGCUGGUAUAUCUGAGCAAGAAUUCCGUCGGGUCAUUGAAAAGCUUAAUGGAGAACUGGUACCUAUAUUUAACCCUUAUAACUGGAGGAAUAUUCUCGAUGGGAUAUUAGGCCUUCUUACUGGUUGGAUAUGGGAUGACUUAGGUCUCACCUAUGCCAAGACGAGGUUGCGCAAUUUGGAAGAUUGGAUCGAUAAAUGGAACACAGAGAUGGAGAAAACGGCAGGCUCAGACGAGAAUGUUAUUCCCCCCAGGAUCGUUCCAUUGAGGCGUACGGGUUAUAUGAAUCUCGAUUUUCAGAUCCCGGAUCCAGAGAUAGCACCUGCUACCAAUAGCGAACCAUCGGGUUCAAGAUCAGGUCCAAACAUGCCAAGCGAACCUAAGCCUGUCGUGUUACCAGACUCUCCCAUCGCGGCAUAACAUCUCGCUGUAACCACCACCCACCUGUCUUUUCUACUUCACUGUUUUAUUCCUUUCAUAACUUAUUUUUAAUCGGACUCGACCGUCACCCCGGGCUGUACGAAUUACGAAGAUACCCAAGCAUAACUUAGUACAUACACUGUCGUUAUUUACCCUAAUCAUGUAUCUACUAGCAGGGCUGUGCCUCUGUUCCUUUUCUUUAAAUCGUCGACUUCAUGGCUUGGCGUUUGAGGCGUACCAAAUCUAGUUGAUUUUUCGUCCCUGGCUGGCUUGAAUAUCAGCCAAGAAGAUUAUAGCCCUCAAGGGACUCAAGAUUGACAGAUCGAACAUUACUUGUAUGUUGCUACAUGGAAGGGUUAGCACCGAGACAUCCCGCCUGCAAGGGCACUCAUUGUAUAAGUGAUACGCGUGGAUUUAGAUAGAACCAUCGUCAACCGUCAUUAGUAAUUCUACUAGAUCCUUUUUUUGUUACCAUGAAUUU